AAAAUCAUUCGACGAUUUUGCAACCGUGCGGGUAUAAUGGCGAUUUACGCAUGCGCCGUUGAAGUGAUGUGAUGUGUUUGUAACGAAGUGAAGCCGUUUUUCAACUACAUUUAUUUAACUCGACCGACUCUCUGUAUUUGAUACUGUCAAAUCGGACGAGGGGUUUAACUUUUCGUGAUACUUGAUUUCUGUGUUUUGAUUGGGUUGUGCUUCAAUUCGGAAGUGGUCUCUAGUGAACCGUUUAUACUGUCUGCCAAAACUUGAAACUAUAUCUGUUCUUAAGGUAGAACGUCUUGAGAACAAGUAAUUUAAAUUAUUUCAGUCUCCUUAUGCGAUGAAGAGGAGAACUGGCGAUAUGUGCGGAAAGUGGCCGCGACGUACAGUCAACCGCAGUCGCGGAAAACUCGGAUCUGUCGAAAAUGUUUGGUGGUGCUCACCUGGAUUUGUUUACAUUCGUGUUCUGUCUUUCUGGGCUUUCGUUCUGAUAAUUGACUUCCUCCUGGAGUUUCGUCUAGAACUUCUGUGGCCCCUCUGGCUGUUCCUGACAUCUGUUUACGAUUCAUUUAAAUACCAAGGCUUGGCCUUCUCAGUAUUCUUUGUGUGCUUGUCACUGACGGCCGAUUUUCUCUGUUUUCUAUUCAUCCCAGUUCAAUGGCUGUUUUUUGUUGCCCCAACAUAUGUAUGGAUACAAUAUGUUUGGCACACAGAAAGAGGAAUUUGUCUACCAACUAUUUGCCUGUGGGUGCUUUUCAUCUACGUGGAGGCUUCAAUACGAUUGAAGGAUCUGAAACAUUUCCCAGCACAUCUGGAUCUCUGUCGGCCGUUUGCCGCUCAUUGUAUAGGCUAUCCGGUCGUUACGUGGGGUUUUGAUAUUAAAGGCUACAUAUCCUAUAGGAUACGUCAGCGUAAGCAACGGGAAGUUGCUAAGGAAAAUGAGUUCUACUAUGAACUUUUGGUACAGUCUUUGCCGUCAGAACAGCAGGAAGCGUACCAUUUAAGAAAUAGUGCAUCACAACAAACCGUAUCGAAUACGGUUGAAGAAUUGACGUUGCCAGUUGCCAACGGCAAUCCUAUAACCAUUGCCCCUAACGCACCUUCCAAAAAUGUGUCUUCACCCCCGUCGUCAUCGUCUUCUUCUUCGUCAUCUUCUUCCUCAUCUUCCACCCAACAGGUUUCUUCUUCAAUUAAAAGGGAAAAGGAGAAGAACUCAGAGAAAAACUAUGAAAAGAAAGGUUCAUUCCAUGACUUCCAUGAAGCGAUGGAGGCCUCUCAGCUCUUGAAGGAAAAAGAGCGAGAGAGGGAUCGAGAUAAGGAGAAGGAGAGGAAGAGCAAGUUGAAUAACUCUGCUCACAUACUCAAUUCUAACAAUACCAACAAUAACGCUCAUAUUAAACAGCGGAACAACAUUCACAGUAACUCGUCUAACGAGGCUGGUAGUCAAGCGACGCCUAGUGAACACGUCCUCAGACUGGAGGCUGAUAUUAAACGGCUCAAAGCCGACCUACAGGCUUCAAGGCAGUCAGAAGCUGAGCUACGGUCGCAAUUGUCCCAACACGCAUCUGGCGAACGCGCCAUUCGAGCGGAAUUAUCACAGGUUCAGCAGGACAAUGACUCUCUACAAGCCAAGUUACAUGGUCUAGUCUCGGCCCGUCAAUCUGAUAAGCAGACGUUGGCUUCCCUCGAAAAGCGAUUGCAGGAAGAGAGAAGAUGUCGAUUACUGGUCGAGACGCAGCUUGCAAAUGAGCGACGAGCUCGAGCCAACGAAGUGAUUGAGGCUAGUAAGGCUCAACAACGGUCCAAAAACAACAACGGCAUCACCGAGUGCGGAGAACAUUGCCGCCAGAGACGUCGCGAAUUGGAGGGCGAAGCUCAGCAGCUGCGACGGGAAAUUAAAAGUGGCGAGGACCGUCUUCGAGCAAUGGAGAUGGAAAUCCAACAGUACCAGCAACUGCGACGGGCACAGCAACAGGCGGCCAACUCUCCUAGCCAGCAACAACAGCAACAUCAACAACAACAAAUGCAGCAACAGCAACAACUCCAGCAGCAGCAGCAACAACAACAGCAGCAAAUGCAGCAGCAGCAGCAGCAACAACAACUCCAGCAACAGCAACAGCAGCAACAACAGCAGCAGCAACACCACCACCAACAACAUCACAAUGUGGAAACAGAAUUGCUGGUGUCUGCGCUGUCUGCCCUUCAAGACAAGACAUCUCAUCUGGAGUCUUCACUCAGCGCUGAGACACGAAUCAAAUUGGAUUUGUUCAGCGCCCUGGGAGAAGCGAAGAAACAGCUGGAGCAACGCGAAAGUUUGUUGAUGGCUCGCGAACGUGAAAUUUCCGAGUUGAAGGCCAAAGUGACUGAGGUUUUGGCUGUGAUGCCUAGCAUGAACGAGCCAAGUCAACUAAGUCAUAGUCUGGGCAUCAGCGAUCUCGGCAAUCACGCUCUUUCUAUGAGCAGCCUGAAUAGCUACUUGUCCACAUACCCUCUGACGAUGGCCGACUUGGGACUUUCGAACAACCUAAACCUGAGUGACUUGAACUUGGACCCGGUCCCGUCAUCGGCCCUGACGCCCUCUAGCCCGCUGACUCCGAUGCGUCCCUAUACGUCCAAGCUGUUCAGUACUCAUUCUAACGGCGGGUCGAACAUGCUCAACAGUUGCAUGGGCAUGGGCUCACUCAACGACGACGGCAAAGGACCCAAAUCCGGAGGACUGUCCAGCGGCCUCGACCCGAAUGCGACCGCUUACACCCCUAAAGCCCUAGGCAAUGGGGAUCUCUAAGAGAGCGCCAUUAGACUACAAUACAAUCAAAUGGAAGGAAAUAUAUACACAGACAAACAAAAUUGAAGAUAGAAAGGUAACAGAAAACUGUGGCUUGUUCCUCAUCCUCCCCCAACUUUUCUCCCUACCCCAAUCAUCUCCAUAUUGGACCUAUUGGCUGUCGGAAUGCGAACGGGGGAUUCACACAAUUAAGAAUUAUUAGUAUGAUGUGUUUAUUUGCAUCUUUUUAAAUGGCUACGUACUUACACCUUCUAUUCUGCGAUCGCAACUUAUUUAUGAUUAUCGGAAAUUAACAAUUUCAAUUUUUUUGUUGCGUUUCUACCCGCCCUCCGAGUCCCCCCUCCCUCCCCUAUUCCCCCGUGAUAUAAUCAUGAAGAUUGUGUUGACCGUUGGCUCGCACAACUGUUUCAAACCAAGAUCUGAGAACAUCAGUCGAUUGCUUAAUUUGUGUUGUUGACCUUUUCACUUCUUCCUUCUUAACCUCAGCACUCAACAACGCCAUGACCGACCAAUUCAAUCUAUUCUCCUGACUCCAAAAUCUUUUCUGGGCCCGACCUGCUACUUUGUUUGUUAUUUCCUUCCAGACUGGGGGUUAUACCCAAAUCACGCGAAACCCAACCAAAACACCUACCCCUAUCCCGAACCCAUUGUUGUCCACUGUUGAGUAUACGGUGUGUUAACUGUUUGUUUCUUUCUUCCGGUUCCUAAACCGUCCCCUCCGAACCAGUUUCUGUAACUCCUUUCAUUCGCAUCUCUUCAAGAAAAACUUUUGUUUAUUUAUAAAUUUUUUUAAAAAUCUGCUUCCCGCUCCUUUCAAAUAUGUGUCGUCUCUCCCGUUAUCACCUCUGUUUUGUUUCGUUUGGGUGUCGUAUGUUCCAGCAAGCAAAAACAAACAAAAAAAAAACUAAAUGAUGACGACAUUAUAUGCUACGAAGAAGUUAAAAAAAGGAACAAGAUAAACUUGACGAAAAGAAAGAAAAAAAAAAUACAAAAAAAAAAAUGAAAAAUACAAACACAAACGGUUAUAAAAGCCGGAUUGUCAAAACUUUGUGUGUUCCAAACGGGGGAAUGGGGGUCGCCCUCCGCCGUCUCCACCGCGCUCUCUUUAUCACUUAAUAUGUAUGUCCUACGUUGUGCUGUUAACUAGUGCAACGGAUUGUCAUAACGCCAAUAAAAAAGGAAAUAUUUGAA